CAGAGGCGCCCACUGCCCACAGCUGCCUCCCGCUGCUGCUGUUGCUGCUACAUGCAGCAGGCGGCGGGGGCGGAGGCACAGAGUGGCCUGUUGCAGGCUCACGCGUGACGUGGGUCUCUGCGUGACCACCCUGAGAAAGUGGCCAGGCGCCAGACAGGAAGACAGGGGCCUCUUGCUCAGAGGGGGAACAAUCUGGAAUGACCGAAAUACAUGCGUUCUAAGGAGAGAGAGAGGCUUUUAAAAGGUGUAACUAGCAUGGUCAAUGCAGGAGCGAUGAGCGGCUCUGGGAACCUGAUGGAUUUCCUCGAUGAACCCUUCCCUGACGUGGGGACAUACGAGGACUUCCACACCAUCGACUGGCUGAGGGAGAAGUCGCGGGACACUGACAGACACAGAAAGAUCACCAGCAAGAGCAAGGAGUCCAUCUGGGAGUUCAUCAAGAGCCUGCUGGACGCUUGGUCGGGAUGGGUGGUGAUGCUGCUCAUCGGCCUGCUGGCGGGCACAUUGGCCGGGGUCAUUGAUCUUGCUGUGGACUGGAUGACGGACCUGAAGGAGGGGGUCUGCCUGUCUGCCUUCUGGUAUAGCCAUGAGCAGUGCUGCUGGACUUCCAAUGAGACCACCUUUGAGGACAGGGACAGGUGUCCCCUGUGGCAGAAAUGGUCGGAGCUGCUGGUGAAUCAGUCGGAGGGCGCCAGUGCCUACAUCCUCAACUACCUGAUGUACAUCCUGUGGGCGUUGCUGUUUGCGUUCCUGGCCGUGUCCCUGGUGCGCGUGUUUGCGCCGUACGCCUGCGGCUCUGGUAUCCCAGAGAUUAAGACCAUUUUGAGUGGCUUCAUCAUCAGGGGCUACUUGGGGAAGUGGACCCUGCUGAUCAAGACAGUCACCCUGGUGCUGGUGGUGUCCUCCGGCCUGAGCCUUGGGAAAGAAGGGCCGCUGGUGCAUGUGGCGUGUUGCUGUGGCAACUUCUUCAGCAGCCUUUUCUCCAAGUACAGCAAGAACGAGGGCAAGAGGCGUGAGGUGCUUUCAGCUGCAGCUGCUGCUGGGGUCUCUGUGGCCUUUGGUGCUCCGAUCGGAGGUGUGCUUUUCAGUCUAGAGGAGGUCAGUUACUACUUUCCCUUGAAGACCUUAUGGAGGUCAUUCUUCGCGGCCUUGGUGGCAGCCUUCACGCUGCGAUCCAUCAAUCCCUUUGGGAACAGCCGCUUGGUUCUCUUUUACGUGGAAUACCACACACCCUGGUACAUGGCCGAACUCUUCCCCUUCAUCCUGCUUGGGGUCUUCGGGGGCCUGUGGGGAACCCUCUUCAUCCGCUGCAACAUCGCCUGGUGCAGAAGGCGCAAAACCACCAGGCUGGGGAAGUACCCGGUGCUGGAGGUCAUCGUGGUGACUGCCAUCACUGCCAUCGUCGCCUACCCCAACCCCUACACGCGCCAGAGUACCAGCGAGCUCAUUUCCGAGCUGUUCAAUGACUGUGGGGCCCUGGAGUCCUCCCAGCUCUGUGACUACAUCAACGACCCCAACAUGACCCGGCCCGUGGAUGACAUUCCAGACCGGCCAGCUGGAGUCGGUGUUUACACGGCCAUGUGGCAGCUGGCCCUGGCACUGAUCUUCAAGAUCGUCAUCACCAUCUUUACCUUUGGCAUGAAGAUCCCAUCAGGUCUCUUCAUCCCCAGCAUGGCUGUGGGAGCGAUGGCAGGCAGGAUGGUGGGCAUUGGUGUGGAGCAACUGGCUUACCAUCACCACGACUGGAUCAUCUUCAGGAACUGGUGCAGACCCGGAGCAGACUGUGUCACCCCAGGACUUUAUGCAAUGGUGGGGGCUGCAGCCUGCCUAGGUGGUGUCACCAGGAUGACAGUGUCCUUGGUGGUCAUCAUGUUUGAGCUGACGGGUGGCCUGGAGUACAUCGUGCCCCUGAUGGCAGCGGCUGUGACCAGCAAGUGGGUGGCCGAUGCCUUUGGGAAAGAGGGCAUCUAUGAAGCCCACAUCCACUUAAAUGGGUACCCGUUUCUGGAUGUGAAGGACGAGUUUACCCACCGCACGCUGGCCACUGACGUCAUGCGGCCCCGGCGGGGAGAGCCGCCGCUGUCGGCCCUCACACAGGACAGCAUGACGGUGGAGGAUGUGGAGACGCUCAUCAAGGAGACGGACUACAAUGGCUUCCCCGUGGUGGUCUCCAGGGACUCUGAGCGCCUCAUCGGGUUCGCCCAGAGGCGGGAGCUGAUUCUUGCAUUAAAGAAUGCCAGACAGAGGCAGGAGGGUAUCGUGAGCAACUCCAUCAUGUACUUCACGGAGGAGCCCCCUGAGCUGCCGGCCAACAGCCCGCACCCCCUGAAGCUGAGGCGCAUCCUGAACCUCAGCCCCUUCACAGUCACCGACCACACCCCCAUGGAGACAGUGGUGGACAUCUUCCGGAAGCUGGGGCUCCGGCAGUGCCUGGUGACACGGAGUGGGAGACUUCUUGGCAUCAUCACAAAAAAGGAUGUUCUGAGACAUAUGGCCCAGAUGGCGAACCAGGACCCCGAAUCCAUCAUGUUUAAUUAGCAACAAGGUGGCAGUUAUUUUGAGAAAAACACUGACUGUGUCAUUAUAAAAGAAAUAAACAAAUGAUAUGUUAUAACCCACUGAAAGAGCAUGAGCUGGGGGCAGCAGAAACAAAAGCUUUGUUUGAAAACAGGGGAAGAAGGAUAAAACCUUUUCUUAAAAAACGACAACAAAAACCAUCAAUGAGAAGACAUUUUAGAGCUCUGGCGGCUUGUGAGAUUCAAGCUGGGUUUCUCAGUGAGUUUACUGUGUGCUGGGGGUAUGUGGGCGGGGGUAAAAGAUGUGGUUUGUGCAAGGACGUGGAACAUGGACGCUGAAUCAAGACACUUUCACCCCUUCCGCUCCAGGCUGAUGUUUGUGACUGAGGAACGCAUGUGAAGCUUUGAGUCCAAAAGGCAGCAGGGUAUCUGGGGGCCAGUGUCCUUAUUUAUUGGUUCCCGAAGUCUUGCUGCUAUGUUCCUGAAUCCUACUGAAGUCAUUUGCACUUACUUUGUUGGAAAACAAAGAGAAAUUAAAUUUGAACACAGUGAAACCUGCAAGUAUGCCAGUGGGUCCACUCAUGACCGUCCCAUUUCUCGCUCCUGUCCUCAGGCUCCCUUUUGCUUUUCCAUCAGCUCGUGAACUGACGUCAGGAGCACCGCCAUGAUGAGUGUGAAGAAACUCUUUCUCCGUGCAAAACUGGCAUCUUGGGACUGCUCGAUUAACUACGGGGGCAUUUAAUGCUACUCUGGAUUUCGCCUCGUGUGAAAGGAUGCGUCUUUGUUUUGAGGGUACACGUACUCCAUCUGAUUUGCAUCCCCAUUGCAUUUGCUUCGUUAAUUUAUUGCAGUUACCUAUGCAUUCUUCAAUAUUGAACAGGCUGGCACUCUCCAUGGGCUAUAGCCUGUAUGCUCCCAGCUUGCCAUAGCAUGCUUUAAUCUCCAAGUAGCAUAUGCAAGAGUCAAACAGGCGCCCCGGUGUUACCACUUAUUUUUCCUCUCAGGUCUUAUCAGAUACGGCUGUGGAGAGGAUGAGGCAUACGAGUUCUCAGUGGGAACUCCUCCAAAUGGAUUGCAAGGGAGAUACUAAAUUGAUUCUAAAUCUGUUCCAUUCUCUUCUCUGUAGGAUGCAAAACGUCCAAUUUUAAUGUAUAAGCAUGCACUUCCAUACAUGCGAUCACAGCACAGAAGGACAGACUUAAAUUUUAGAUAGCCAAUUUGAGCACUGGGCAUCUCUGCAUUUGGACUUAAUGACACAUUGAUUCUUUAGUCGAGACUCAUAUCUUCCUGCAGGAAGGAAUGAAGUUCUGUUUUAGGUCCACUGUGUGAUCUGUGUAAGAUUUAUCCCACUGGCCCUUUCCCUUUAGUCUUUGUCCCUCCGUCCUCACUGAAUCAUCCCCAUCCUUUUCAGUCUCAUCGUCAGUGGAUACUGGUGUAUUAGUGCGGUGUGCAUUUGUCUGCAAAUAACAGAAACCCCAACAAACAGUGACGGGCCGUAGAAGAAGCCUGAGAGGUAGGCACUCCAGGACUGAGUCCAUAAUAUUAUCAGGAACUCAUGCUCUGUUGGUAUUUCUUUUCCACCAUCUUUACCCAUUGUCCUUUGGCUUUUGUUGCCUCCUAGUUGCAAGGUGGUGACUGGACUGCUGAGUGUCAUGUCUGCUUUCUAAGUGGAAGAGGGAGGGAGAGGCAAGUAACAGGACGCAGUGUCUAGAUCAGGAGGAUGAAGCUUUCUCAAGACGUUCAGUUCAUCCACUGACUAGAAUUCUGCCACGUGGCUCCCCUAGCUGCACACAGUCUGAGAAGGACUAUUACUCCCUGAGCAAAAUUCAGAUGCUCUUAAGGAGUGGGGACUGGUCCCUGGGAGGGGAGUAUGUGAACUGUGGUGAACACCAUCAUUGUGCUCCUGUCUUUGCCCUCCUGACUUUACUCCCCCUUUCUCGAUGAGCCCCUCCGAACACUCUGCUAACCUUCUCGCCCAACUUCUCUUCUCUCACAUUCAACUUAGGACUCCCAGUCAGAAUCAAUCAUUCCUUAGCCCAGGUAAGAAUUUUCAUUUUGGAUCAAAACUGAGCUACAAAGGUUUCUAUGAAACUUGUGGUUGCUGUAAGAAAAUACAUUUCCUCUGGGUUAAGAAGAUAUGAAGUCAGAUGCCACACUGUGGAAAAUUCAUUUCUAUAAUUAAUUGGCAUUCUUAAAAAUAACAUCAAAUAGCUACUUCAGUGUGAAACUAUCCAGUGGGUGAAUAGUAGAGAAUUUGAUCUUGGGUCCUGUGAUCAAAUGAUACCCGUUGUCUUGUUCGCAGCACGAACGCUUUAAGCAACAACUGAUCCUAAUGUUACUGUUGUUAUUUGGGUUUCCAGGGAACAUUAGCCAGUGAAGCUGGGUUCUCCUGGCCUUUAAAUCCUAAAAGGUUCUAAAGAGUGCUUCCUGUGGUUCCCCUCUUACCCUGUGUGACUCCCCUCAGAGCCAGCCUUUGAUGGGAAAGAGGGGACUAGUCAUACCGUCCAGGAGGCUCUUCUAGCUGAAAUAAGUAGCUUCAAAAGGGAACACAAAACAGUGAAAAGAUAGCCAAAGGUCAGUGAAGCCACAGAAUGCCCUUCUAAUCCAGCUGAGGCCAUGAAGGGGGAUGAGGGGAUGGUUUACUCCGGGCCAAGGUCACUGAGGAGUUGUGUCCUCCUCCCCAAGUGCUUAGCAGAGAGGUGUCCGUGCAUUUGUGGGAAAUAGUUGGAAGAGUUACUUGACCGAAAUAGCCCAGUCUUACUUUCCUUUAAUCUGUUAUGGGGUCGAGGUUGUCCUCAGUCAGAAGGCCAGGGUCAGGUGAAGGUCAAGGAUGCGGGGAGUGUGCAGUGGUGACUGCCAUAGCCAGUUACCCUCCUUCCACAGAGCCCUAACUCAGCCACGUGGCCCACCUGGCACACAGGUAUCCGAUUAAGUCCAUGGAGAAAUGCUGCCACGCUCAGCCCCACUCUUUCUUGUAAAAGUACAUGAGCAGGGAUUCUGUGGGUCUUAGCUAUAUCCAGGUGCAGAACUGCAGUCCACUUCACCUGGUGAUCUGGAAACAGAAUUAGGGUGUGGAGGUGAAAUACAUCUCUUUCAGAAUAACAUUGUUUUUCCCUUUUCCAGAACCAAAGCCUUUAGACAUUUGUAGAAUUUUCUGGGUUCUUUCUGAAUGUUUUUAGUGUAAAAAAAAAAUCACUCAUACAUAGUGGAAAAGGAAUUCUCUAAUAAGGCACAUCACCCGUUUCUUGCUCUUUCUCUGUUACUAAGGAAUGUGUUGUAGAAGGACACCAAAUAAAGGGUAUCCUGACAGUGAUGUGAAUUUCUUCUAAGUCUUUUUGAGUGCAUCUCCUGGUGUGGCUUGUGAGGAAAUGGAAGGGGGCUAGAAGUCAAUCACUCAAUAUUCAGCGCUUGACGGUACUUAGUAGAACCAGGCAGUUUCAAAGUCCUCUGGUACUUCCCAAAGAGUGUAUAAAGGAGAAGAUGUGUCCAUAGGUAGAUUUGGAUUCCUAAUAAAUCAAAGAAACAGAAUUUUCGAGCAGUUUGUUUCGCUUAGGUGAGAACUGAUUGCUUUAAAUUACCAGCAUGUGCAAAUCCUGCUCAGUAUUCAUGAUCAGAUGCUGAGCUGGAGAAGACGCGGAACCCAGGGAGAACUAUUGAAUGACCACGUAAUUGUAAUAUUACGCUUUCAUUUUAAUUUCUUGUGGGCAGUAUUUUAUCAGAACCAGCUUCUAACCUUUGAAAUGAUUUACAUGAGGAGGGAGCCUGUACAUCUGACUCGGGAAACAUUAACCAGACCCCACUUACACUGGCACAGUAAUAACUAUUUAUUUGCCAUCCUAGGAGUGCUAGGAAUGGGCCUACGUGUGACUUUUAUGAGAUAUAUUCACAUUCGGUGUUGGAAAGACCACAUAGCAACGUGUUAGCUUUUUUUUACCCUAACACCCUGUGUAAACGUUGACACCUUAUUAAAAAUGAAAUGUUUGAACUGUAUUUUUAAAAAUAAAAUGAGCACAGAGUCCUGCACAGGCACGUUGUAAGUGGAGGAGAUACUGUUUCUCAGCAUGUUUGUACCACAACCUCUGGAAACUUGAUCCCAGUGACUUUGCUGAAGUAACCAACAAAAUUAAAGACCCAUCUUAAGGUUGUCA